AUCCAAUCCCCAUCAGCCCAUGGCCAUUGUGCCCUGGUGAUGCGGGAUGCCAGCGCGAAUGGUGCAGGCAAUGGCUCCGUCGGGAAGAUCUCCUUCUACGCCCCCGGCUACUUCCCCAGCUCCAAGCCAUCCGUGCCACCGAUUUACGCCACCACCCUGCGGCGGUCCAAAGAGGCCUUGGAGGUGGAUGGAAAGUUGCGCGAUGCUUCCAACUCACAGGAGCUCUGGGGCUUCAUCGCUUCGGCCCUGCCACGCUUCGACACGGGAAAUCUCGUGGUGGCCUUUACCACCGCGGCCAAGGUGGAUGAAGGAGGAAGUGAGAUCCACCAGGAGAUCUUCUUGGAGCUGGUGGAACGACUUCUGAGCUCCGUGGAGUCCCUGGAACCACGGGGGCUGUCGAUGACCGCCUACAGCGCUGCCAAGCUCCUCUUCGGGGAUCACAGGCUUUGGUCGCAGCUGAGUGCUGCCAGUUGUCGCUGCUGCCAUCGCUUUGGUGCCACCGAUGUGGCGAAAGCCACCUGGGCCUUCGCCAAGUUGCGCUUUGUGGAUGAGAUGCCCGAAUUCUGGCAAUGUAUGGUUGAACCGGCCAUUGCUGCAUUACGAACUGGCGCCCGCUUCGUGGAUGUGUCCAUGAUCGCCUGGGCAUUUGCCAGCACCCAGCGAGCCACUGCAGCGCUGAUGGAGGAGGUUGCGCGCGAGACUUUACAGGCGCUGCCCGAACUGCCACCGCGAAGCAUCGCAGGCAUUGCAUGGGCCUUCGCCAAAGCCGGUGCUCAGCACCAGCAGCUGUUCACUCAGCUGCGCGAAAGGGCCAAGCUGGUCUUGCGGGAGUUCAGCGCCCACGAUGCCGCAGCCUUUUGCUGGGCGUUCAGCGCCUUGGGCUGCGCAGAUUCGUCGCUCUUCACGGAACUUGCGCUGCAUUUGGAUUCGGAUGGAAGCCAUCGAGCCACUGCUUUGCGCCGCUUAAGCCCACCUUUAGCUGCAGAGUUCUCAUGGGCUCUGGCCUCGGCAAGUGUUGAGGCACCUAGCGUGUUUGCAACCUUGCAAGAGCUCUGUGUGUCCAACAUGGAAAUCCUGGAAACUGAGGACGUUUGUGGCUUCGCCUGGGCCUUUGCCACCCAAAACGGCACCGCAGUGACCUUCGACGCCAUCGCCAGAUACGCCGAGAGGUAUGCAGGGCGCUUGAGACCCGCAGAGGUAAAUCUCUUGUGUUGGGCCCUCAAUGGACGAGCACAAAUAGGUCCCCGCCUGCGGGCAGCACAAAGGUAGAAAA